AUGUUGAGAUUCAUAUCACGUUCAAAACCACAUUAUAUUCUACUGCAUCAUUAUUUUACGAGGCGUUGCUUCCAUCAAUCUUUCGUUACAUAUAAGGAUGAAAAACUAUUAAAGAACCUAGCAGACCUGUUUCAGAAAGGUGAUAUACGACCAGUGGAUGAGCAUAACAAAGACAAGUCCAAGAAUGAAGAUAAAGAAGAGGAUGAAGAAGAAGCAAACAGUUUAUCGGCCCUACCGACAAAUCAAAUUGAUGAAUUUGAAAGUUAUUCAGUAAUGAAUAAACAACAGUUUUUGUUUCAGAUGGGAUUAGAUGGUGAUAAACCAUUCAUGUCAUUCCACAACCCCCAUUUCAUUGAUUCAAAACAGAUUUUGCGCAACUUGCCUGACCAAAUUGAUGUCCUUAACCCAGAAGAUAUGAAACGCAUCGAUGAAAUAUAUCACCAGCUACAACAACUAGACGCAAACCCAGCAAUGCAUGAAAAGUUUCUUAAACGGUACUUCUACGAUCAUGACAAUGAUUUAAUGAAGUUGGGCCAAUAUAUGCGAGGUAUCAAUUCAAAAUUCAAAAUGUUGCGACGCAAUGAAAGUGAUAAAUUCAACCCUGAAAGUGCCGUUCAUGAAUACAUUAAUGAUAAAAUGAAACACCCUUAUAAUGUGGUUGGGUUUGAUCGAAGUUUUAUUGGUAUGCCCUUGCGUAAAUUGGAAAGGGAAAAAGAAGGAGUGCUACCUCGAGAAUUUGUUCAAGAUUUACCUGCAUUUGAUUCCAAGAUUAAUCUAAAGAAAUUUGAUUUGAACUUUAUGGAAAAAGAUGGUUCUAUAAACGUUGAUCCUACGUUUGUCACACCUUUGAAGGAGUUGUAUGAUUAUGAAAAUAAAAAUUAUUCUGGUGGCGGUGUUUAUUCCCCUGCCAAAUCAGCACAACGUGCAACUCAUGCUUAUUUAACUAGCAAAUUGGGACUACCAAGGUUUAACAUUCAGAUUGCAAACACCGAAGAUUAUAAUCGAUUGAAAUUAAAUAAUCAUCAAAUAACUAACCGCAUUGAACAGGAGAUUCGAGUGAUGAAGAAAUCGCUUUUAGAGGAAAUAAAAACCACAGUGGAGAAUUCUAAUGCCCAUUUAAUGAGUAGUGAUACUCAUAAUGAUUAUAUCAAAUCAAAUCAAUAUAUCCUUUGUGCUAUAAAGGAAGAAUUGCAAGGUACGGUGUACAUUUGGAAGAGUUUUAGUAUCCUCCCUGCUUAUUUCAUGCUUCCGUUGAACAAGAGACGUGAAAGACAUUUAGUCAAUCACUUAUUUAAACUAUUUCUCAUCAAUGUUGAAGAAAAAAUUGACAUUUUAUUCAAGAUUAAAUACGAUCGAGCUAGAGAUACGCAAAAAUUUAUGAAAAAUGUCAUCAAGAAUAUCGGCCACACAAUUAAAUUUAGAUUAUGGCGAUAUUUCAAAACCACGAAAAACUCCCUCAACGCUUCCUCAGCCGCGGCUACCAUCUCAUCAUCGAUUCAAUUGCCUUUAUUGAAGACCAAUUUCAAAAACAAGCAAGCUGUCAUUUAUUCUCCAUUCAAGAAUUCGCCAUUUAAACGUAUUUAUUGGAUACGGAAACCGCAGGGGUCUCAUCGUGCAUUGCGGAAAUCAGCCACUAGUGUUGACUAUGCUAUUAUUGGCGAGGAUUUAUUGGAAUAG